AUUUGUCCAAUGAAUUAAUGUCUUACGUCACCAGUGUCUGGCAUUCAGGGGUGAACUUCGCAGUGUCCAGUAACCUCUUGAAAUUAUUUGCCACAUUCAGUAAUAAUUAAUUAUGCGCCUUUUGUUAAAUUCUGAUGGGGUAUGAAAGUCCCCUGGUGUAUAAAAACCUCUACCUGUAAGCAAGUCUGGAGCAGGACAGGGCUAGAGACCAGGAUAGCAGCUCUGCCCUGACUCAUCAGGAGAGUCUAGGGAAACCUCGUGGCCUCUCAGCUCCUCCUUGUUGUUAAAUGAUGACUCUGUUGGUUGAGGCAUCUGCUCUUGCUUUCGAGGUGGGAAACAGAGGCAUAGGCUUAGUCAUUUACCAAAUAUUUAUGAGUCAGGACCUGGAAUAAACUCAAGAUGUACCCAAGAUCCUUGCUGUUCAAGAGAUUACAAUGGAUCAAAUAGAAAACAGUAGAUUCCAGUGUAAUAUUUCUCAAACAAUAAGAAAUAACAUUCUAAAAUUUGAUCCAGCACAUGCAUGCUCAGAUGUAGAUGGAUGUUGAAAAAGCUUCAGGAUAUAAUACCGGCCUUAAUGUGAUACUCUGAUAUUUUCUAUUGUUAUUUACCUACUUAAAUAAAGUGCUGGCUAAUAAAAAAUGCUGGUUGCAGCCCCCUAAAUGGUUUUCCUGGCUCACUAAUGGGCCACAGCCUGCAGUUUGAAAACGAUUGACAUACUGGGUAAGCGCCCUGGCUCUGGAGAAGCCAGCCCCUUUGAAUCUUGCCUUUGCCACUUAUCAGCCAGGUUAUCCCUGGGUAGGUCAUAUAACCUCUCCAAGCCUUGGUUUCCUCAUCCUCAUUAGUAAUACCACCUCCCAGUGUGGUGGUGAAGUAUGCGAGUUGCUACCUGUAAAGUGCUGUUCGCAACACCUGGCCGUUCAUUUGCCGACUGCUGCUGCUGCUGGAACAAUGGCCAGGGAACAAAACCUGUCACAGCCAGUCGAAGGGGUGUCUCCUAGUUGAGAUCUGCAGGAUGAAUAGGACUUGUUUGACUUUGGUCAUCAGGAAAGGAAAGCCCAGAAAUACUGGCAGGAGGGCUGGGAAGUAAAGCACAGAGGUGCAGAGAGAACUAGAUGAGAGCCGUACGGCGCACAGUGUGUGUAGAGCAGUUUAUGUUUCCAGAACCUUUUCACAACCACCCUCCUGUUACACCUGUGCUGUCCAGUAGGGAACCUUUGGCCACAUGUGGCUUUUUAUUGUUAAUUAGUUAAAUAAAAUUAAAAAUUCAGCUUCUCUGUAACAUUUAAGUUUUCAACAGCCACAUGUGGCUGGUGGCUACCAUUUGGAGAACACAAAUACAGAACAUUUCCAUCACUGCAGAAAACUUUAUUGGACAGUAUGACAUUAUACCCUAACAAAAGUCUUGUGAAGGAAGUAGGUAGGGCAUAGAUUUUUCUUAGAUACUUUAUUGUUUCGUAACAUUCCAAAAAAUUAAAACUCAUGACUUAUUCACCUUAACAGCAACUAUUUAUGUUUCUGUAGCAUCUUUUGAUCUUUAGCCCAUGAAAUCAGCUUAUAGAUGGUUCCAAUCAUAGUGUUUAUACAAUUGCUUAUUUUUUUCAAUUACUGUUACUUUGCAAAGACUUUCCACUGACCUGAUACACAAUGUUUAUAUUUGCCGGGUAGUGAAGAGGGAUUAUGCCAUCAUGUACCAUCACUGGGUUAACUGCUUCCUGAUUGUUGGACGCCUGGGUUGCUUCCUGUUUUUCAGUAUUAUGAAUAGUGCUGCCAUGAACUUUUUUGUACCUGAAGGCUUUUUCUUCUUUUGAAUUGUUUCCUUACUAUAAAUUCUAGGAAGUAAGUUAUUCAGUCAAAGGAUAUAAUCACUUUUAUGGCUCUUGUUAUAUUUUGUCUAAUUGCCAUUUUUUAAAAAAAGGCCUAAAUGUAUUAUAGGUAUUAUUGUUGCUUGGCUCAUGAGAACAUCCCGUCUCCAGAGGUCAAGAGAUUAUUAGCCCAAAGUGUAGCUACUUGCAGAUAGAGCAGGGGCUUUUGUCCUCUGCUUCCCAACUCUUGCCCUAUCUUUCUGUUGUACCACUCCAAAUAUUUCUUAUCACAAUGUUGCUGUUAGUAGUAACACUAGUAAAUCUGAGUAUUUAUAAGCUCAUAAAGCUUGUUACAGCCUUAAGCAAAAAGCUUGGGGCCAAGGGCGUUUUAAAAAAUGCACACUUUAUGAGGUGCAACUGCGGAGAAAUGAGGACGCGUUCUUAAGCCUUGGUAUUCACAUGGUGGUGGUGCUGGUAGAGGCUGUUACAUUUCUUCCAGUGAAGCUGUUCUUGCAGCCGCCUUGGAAUUCACUUCAGGGCCAGUUUAUGAGCCACCCCAAGUAAUCUGCUUGGAGUCUGAGCAUCAUACCUUGUAUUUGACCAAAAAUGGUAUUCCUGAGCUCAGUGCCACCUGAUUCACUGCACUUGGAACCAGAUGAUGUUGGGCUCUUUCCAGAAGUCAAAUCCUUCCUGGGAGGAUGAAGAUCUGCCAGCUCUGAGGAUUCUGGGGGGGGAAAAAAAAGAGCCUCAAGCUUUGAAGGCCAUUCCCAUGGUAGACAGAGCUGAUGUGAAAAGUGGCCAUCCUGUUGCCCCAGGCACAUGACCUUCUGAAGUGACCAGGCUGAAAGGGAAGCAAUACUCGUGUGAUCUCUCACCCCGUCACUCAGGGUGGCGCAAUCACGACUCAUUGGCUCACUGCAGCCUCGACCUCCCAGCUGGAGCAAUUCUCCUGCCUCAGCCUUCUGAGUAGCUGGGACUACAGUUGGUUCUAAAGAGUGGUGAGUCAGAAGAGACGUCAGGCAGCAAGCGACUUGGGCCAUGGCCUCUGACCUAGACUUCUCACCUCCGGAGGUGCCCGAGCCCACUUUCCUGGAGAACCUGCUACGGUACGGACUCUUCCUGGGAGCCAUCUUCCAGCUCAUCUGUGUGCUGGCCAUCAUCGUACCCAUUCCCAAGUCCCACGAGGCGGAGGCCGAACUGUCUGAGCCCAGAAGUGCUGAGGUGACGAGGAAGCCCAAGGCUGCUGUUCCUUCUGUGAACAAGAGGCCCAAGAAAGAGACUAAGAAGAAGCGGUAGAAGAGGAGGCCUGAGGAGCCGGGCGGGCAGGGAGAGGGUCUUGGGGACAGCCCUCCUGGGAAUCUACAUUGUGUUCCCCCGCAUUCCAGGCUCAGGGUCUGAGGAGGCUGUGACGCCCUAUGACCGCAGAGAUCUAGACAGUCGUAACAGUCCCCAGGCUCUAGCUGGGCAAUCCACCACUUCCUCUUCCUUCUGCUUCUGCGACGGUUUAGAGUCAAGGGGGCUGAAACACACUGUGAGCAUAGACUGUAUUAGGUUUGUUCAGAAGCCGGGUCAGCUCACAGAGUCACAUUUUCUUACUUAGUCAUGUGUCCCUCCUUGAGUUGCCCCCUCCUUGUGGGUUUACACUACAUUUUGGAGUCAUUGUCUAAUGCUGACAAGCACACCCUCUCCCAUUAUUUGUGCACUACAGAUCUCCUGCUGAUCAGUCACCUUUGUUGCUGCUGUGUAGACAGAGCCAGGCCUCACCUGUUUGUUUAGGCCAAGAUGCCAUGGACAUGCAGCGUUAGUGAUUCCACUAGCUGUGACAGCCAGGCCCAGAAAAUGCCUGGCGUGAGAGCCAGCAGACAGCCAGGCCAGGGUAGGCAGUGCCUGCUUCUGCUCCAUCAGGUGCAGGGGAUUUGGCUGAAGGCGUGCAUAUUUCCUGGGCACAAACUUCCUGAGCCUCUGAAAUGGGAGGCUCGUCAAUUUCAGACCAACCUCUUUUCAACCCAUCAUAGCACGUUCAAGGUGUGCCUUUUACUUCUACCUGUACAUCCCCCAUCCCUUCAAUUCUUUCAUUCCCUGACCAGUGAGAGGGUUCCUGAGGGAAGUAUGGUGAAUAAACUGACAUGCAUGCUUCAGA